AUGCAAGAUGAGUCUCCUGUUUUCCAGUCAAUAACACAAAUAUCGUCAAAGCAGUUGCAGUUGAAUUGGACAGUCAAGCAGAUCGGAGAAGGAAAGGCAGAAUUGACAACAAUCCAGCAGAUAUGGUCAUUCUCUGGAACAACAAUCGAUAUGACGACAUCUGUUCACUGGACACAACACGACAAACUGCUCAAAUACGUGAUUCCAACAACAAUUCGUUCUAGGAAAGCGAAAUUCGGUCUCCAGUUCGGAUACAUCGAACGAGAAACACACAAGAAUACGAUGAGAGAUUUCGCAAGAUUCGAAGCAAGCGGCCGAUGUUCACCACGAUAUCAGAUUCGAAUCUUUUGUUUUUAG